GAUUAUAUUAAUUUGAGCAUUUGGCUCUCAGUCCAGACAGACAUAGAUAGAAACUAGAAUCAAUUCAUGAAGAUGACGACUCUCAACGGAUCAGCCAUGGCGUCUUUUCUAUUGUUUCUUCUAAUUGCCAUCUCCAUAGCUUCAGCAAAGAAGUCUGGCGAUGUUACCGAGUUGCAAAUCGGAGUGAAGUAUAAGCCAGCAACCUGUGACAUUCAGGCACACAAAGGUGACAAAAUCAAAGUUCACUAUAGGGGAAAACUUACAGAUGGAACUGUUUUUGAUUCUAGCUUUGAAAGGGGAGAUCCAAUUGAAUUUGAACUUGGCUCAGGCCAAGUGAUUAAAGGAUGGGAUCAAGGGCUAUUGGGAUCAUGCGUUGGUGAGAAGCGAAAGUUGAAAAUACCUGCAAAGCUUGGAUAUGGAGAACAAGGUUCACCACCAACAAUCCCAGGUGGUGCCACGUUAAUAUUCGACACUGAGCUCGUCGCAGUGAAUGGAAAAACAUCAAACGGAGAGAAAACAGUAGAAGAUAGUGAUCUAUAGAAUGAGAUAACGCCUUCAUUGCUCGAUGUUGCUCGUGGAUGAACUGAAACUGAAACACUUCUGGCUUACCUAAUUUAUUGCUUGGAUGAUAUCUUCCUUUUUGAAUAGAAAUGAAUGUUAAAACUGUCAUUAUUAUUCCUUCACCUAUAACAUAUGCAGAUGAGAUUUUCCUUAAUUGGCUUUACAUUUCAAAUCUUCAAAAAAUGCGUGACCAUUUGGUUGUUUUUAGGAAGAAUUGUCGAAUUUGAAUCGACCCCAAAUAUCUCGAAUUCGAAUGACAAUUUGUUUCAAUAUCUUAUCUUGGUUCUGUGAUAGUGGCCGAAAAACUUUCAUAUAAAAUAAGGUCUUGUUUUGGAAAAGAUUGUUUAUUAAACAUUAUUGAAAACUCAUUUGCAUAAUGGCAUGUGGUCAAUUGAUUUGUCCUCUUCUUUACAUAAAGAAUAUUUAAUAUACUUCAAUUUCAUGGAA